AUGAAGUUAUUCUUCACGCUCAGGUUGGUGCUAUGGCUAGUGGUGGCAAUGUCAUCAGUUGUGAUGGCAGAUACGGAGAUCUUGACUCUGCGCUUGCCCCUGGAUACUGUGAUCGAGCAUCAUGUAGAGGCACCCACCUAUGCACUCCAGCCAUCUAAUCCUCUAUCAGUCAAUCUGACACUCCCUUCGGACAUCUAUGUCAAAUUGGAUACCGAUCUGUAUGCCGCUUCAGCCUGGACUGUGCGGCUCUCUUGGCCCGGAUCUUAUCCAACCCGCUUGCGAGUCGUUCCGGGGCAGGUCAAGCAGGAAACCUCAACCCUGGUCCUCGGAAUCUAUGCGUCUGCCUUGUCUCCAACAUUUGAAGGCGUUUCAGUUUCAGAAACACCCUUGAAAAUCCUAUUGGAGCCGUUGGUCGCGGGGGCCCUUCCUCAAACACUAUUACCGACGCUUGGAGCCUUGGCCAUAUUUGGGAGCAUGGCCAGCCUCACAGCCAAGCCAAUCAUGAUGCUGCUGGAAUCUCAAGCUCAAAAGGAGAAACAGGCUUAG